AUGCGGUAUAUUGGCUUUUUACUGUUCGUCACUUUCAUCCUGGUUCAAGGAAAACUCGAAAAUGAAGAUGAAGAUACUGGGGAAUCUGAUGGAGACGAUAGCGAAGAACGCAUAGGUGCAGCAGUCACUCAAGUAUUGAAACAUCCAUAUUCAGCCGCUUUGUUAAAGAAUGAGACUUAUGUGUGCAGUGCGGUCAUACUCAACACGUAUUGGCUGCUAACAUUAUCUAAGUGCUUCAAUACG